CGUCUGGUUUUAACUAUCACAGGGGGGUUUGACGGCGAUAGGAAAGAAUAAGAUAAUGAGAGAAAAUAGGCGUACGCAAAAUGUGUCCUCACGUCCUGUUUUUCACUUCCUCCUCAAUGGUCGUGAAUGAACCAGUUUCGGACGGUCUUGUAUGCGCAUGGAAUAUACCACAGCACAUUGUCAAUAUUGCACACGCGCCCUUUCUGUGGACACUUUACAGGCCACAUAAAUUGUAGAAGACAUUGUGCGCGGUGAAAUUCUGAAUCCGUAUUUUUCCCGCAAUAUGAGUGAUUUCUGAUAGUAAGAGGCCAGAGGGUUCUGUGGGACCUUUAAACACUUCUGACAGGAUGGAGAAGAAAGACGUGAAGAUCAUCAACCAGGGCCUGGAGGACGAGAUGGAGGUGUGGGGUUACCGGCCGUGCCCCUGGAAGAUGGUUCUGGUGGCCGUUGGGGCGGUGUGCACUGGGGGGCUGCUGUUUCUGGUGCUCUACUGGCUGCCUGAGUGGGGAGUGAGAGGGACCUGCACACGGACCCCCUUCAUCAGGGAGUCCCAGACACUGCUGCUAAGAUCCACGGACGAGUUUAGGAGAUGGUUCCGGGCCAAGGUACAUGUGAUGCUAGCUCCUGGAAAGAGACCCUUUGACGGUGUCGAUCUCCUAAGCCCUCUGCACAUACCUAAUGGGGACAGUAUACACUCCUUCAGUGCCCUCCAAGAUGAGCUUCAGGGAAAAUACAUCCAUAUCCAGCCAGUUCAGGUUUGCUACUUCACCCACCACAGCACAAAAUACUACUGGAAUGAUCUGCUUCAGAAUUUUGAAGUGUUUAAAGGUUUGGAGGAUGUCAGGGUGACUUGUUCCAGCAUCCACACUGACCACAGCUCUGGUCUCAGCAAACUACUUCAGGACUACAGGAGACUGUUCUUUGAAGUGAAUGAGAUAGCAGUUAAGGUGCCAUCUGUGUUCAAGCUACUCAUAAAAGAGGUCCUGAAUCCGUUCUACAUAUUCCAGCUCUUCAGCGUGAUUCUGUGGAGCAUUGAACAGUAUUACUACUACGCCGCUGCCAUAGUCUUCAUGUCUGUCAUAUCCAUAGCUACCUCGCUGUACACCGUCAAGAAGCAAUACAUCAUGCUGCAUGACAUGGUGGCGACACACAGUAUUGUACGUGUCUCAGUGUGCAGAGGGACUCUAGAUGUCGAGGAGGCCAUGUCCACAGAGCUGGUCCCCGGUGAUGUCAUCGUCAUCCCGUCCAAUGGAAUGAUCAUGCCCUGUGACGCCGUGCUGGUUCAUGGAAACUGCAUCGUCAACGAGAGCAUGCUGACAGGUGAGAGUGUGCCUGUCACCAAGACCAGCCUACCCAGCUCAGGAGAAGAUGGGGCUGGCGUCUAUAGCAUAGAGGAACACAAGAGACACACACUGUUCUGUGGCACUCACAUCAUUCAGACCCGCUUCUACACCGGGGAACUGGUCAAGGCCGUGGUGGUCAGGACUGGUUUCAGCACAGAGAAGGGCCAGCUGGUGCGCUCCAUCCUGUACCCCAAGCCCACUGACUUCAAGCUGUACAGAGAUGCCUAUCUCUUCCUGCUCUGUCUGGUGGGAGUGGCCGGCAUUGGCUUCAUCUACACCAUCGUCCUCAGCAUCAUAAACCAGGUUCCAGCCAAAACCAUAGUGGUUGAAUCUCUGGACAUUAUCACCAUCACGGUGCCCCCGGCGCUGCCUGCAGCCAUGACAGCUGGCAUCGUCUAUGCCCAGCGCCGGCUGAAACGUGUGGGUAUCUUCUGCAUCAGUCCCCAGAGGAUCAACAUCUGUGGCCAACUCAACCUCGUCUGCUUCGACAAGACUGGUACUCUCACUGAAGAUGGUUUGGACCUUUGGGGGAUCCAGAGAGUUGAAAAUGGCAGUUUCUCUCCCCCAGAGGAUGACCCAGCCAAUGAGACACUAGUCAGGUCCUCGUUUGUGUCUUGCAUGGCCACCUGCCACUCUCUGACCAAGCUAGAGGGAGAACUCUCCGGAGACCCAAUGGACCUCAAGAUGUUCAACGCUACAGGCUGGAUUCUAGAGGAGCCAACAGAGGAAGAAACAGCCCUCCACAAUCCCAUAAUGCCCACCGUGGUGCGGCCACCCAAACAGGUGCUCCCAGAGGUCAACCAGGAAGUCAAUCUAGCACAAAACAUGGAGCUGUCUGAGCUGACGUUGUCCUAUGAGAUUGGGAUCGUCCGCCAGUUUCCUUUCUCUUCGGCUCUACAGAGGAUGAGUGUGGUGGUCCGGAAGCUGGGGGAGAAGCGCAUGGACGCCUACCUCAAGGGGGCGCCAGAGGUUGUGGCCAGCCUCUGCGCAGAGGACACAAUACCAGAGAGCUUCACAGAGACCUUGGAGUUUUACACCAGGCAGGGGUUCAGAGUCAUAGCCUUGGCCCAUCGCCAGCUGGAGGCCAAACUCUCCUGGCACAAGGUCCAGAACCUCAACAGAGAUCUCAUAGAGACCAAUAUGGAGUUCCUUGGGCUCAUAAUCAUGCAAAACAAGCUAAAGGAAGAGACUUCUGGGGUUUUAAAAGACCUGCGACGUGCAAACAUCCGCACUGUGAUGGUUACAGGCGAUAAUAUGCUAACCGCUAUAUCAGUAGCCAGAGACUGUGGGAUGAUAACCCCUCAUGAGAGGGUCAUCGUAGCAGACGCCACACCUCCCAAAGACAUCCAUCCUGCUACGAUCAAUUGGCACUACACAGAGAACCACGUCACCAGCAAAGACAACCGUGUUGAGUCAGUGGAAAUCAGCCUUGAGGAUUUGGGCCAUGUGGCUUAUGGUGAGCAGCACAAGCAGCAGGAGCAGGGAUACCACUUUGCCAUGAGUGGCAGGUCCUUUGCUGUCAUCACCGAACACUUCCCUGACCUAGUCCAAAAGCUGGCACUGCAUGCCACAAUAUUCGCCCGCAUGGCUCCUGACCAGAAGACUCAGCUGGUAGAGGUCCUACAGAGUGUGGACUAUACUGUAGGGAUGUGUGGUGAUGGUGCCAAUGACUGUGGCGCCCUAAAGAGAGCUCACAGUGGGAUCUCUCUGUCAGAGCUGGAGGCCUCGGUCGCCUCCCCCUUCACCUCCUCCACCGCCAACAUCUCCUGUGUGCCCAACCUCAUUAGAGAGGGGAGAGCUGCUCUCAUCACCUCCUUCUGUGUGUUCAAGUUCAUGGCCCUGUACAGCAUCAUCCAGUACCUCAGUGUUACGCUCCUCUACUCUAUCCUCAGCAACCUGGGAGACUUCCAGUUCCUCUUCAUUGACGUUGCUAUCAUUCUGAUCAUUGCCUUCACAAUGAGUCUGAACCCGGCGUGGAAGGUUCUGGUGGCGCAGCGCCCCCCGUCCAGUCUAAUCUCAGGCCCUCUGCUGUUCUCCGUGCUGACCCAGAUCCUCACCUGUCUGGCCUUCCAGAUCUUGGCCUUCCUCUGGGUCCGGGGCCAGAACUGGUACGAGAAAUGGACGCCCCUCUCAGAUGCUUGUAAUGUUUCCAGUGCCAAUCUCACCCAUGGUCCCAACAUAACGUCACAUGUCGACCACAAGAACAUCAGGAACUAUGAGAACACUACACUCUUCUACGUCUCCUCCUUCCAGUACCUGGCAGUGGCCAUCAUCUUCUCCAAGGGAAAACCUUUCAGACAGCCAAGCUAUAAAAACUGGCCGUUCAUGCUAUCCUGUAUGGCUCUGUACAUAUUCCUCUUCAUGAUCAUGCUGUAUCCUGUUCCUGCCAUCGACAAUUUCCUGGAGAUUGUGUGUGUUCCCCAUGAAUGGCGCAUAACAGUGGUCAUCAUUGUCCUAGUGAACGCUGCUGUGUCUUUCCUAUUGGAGACUUUGGUCCUUGACAUCAUCUUAUGGAAGCUGGUGUUCAGUCGAGACAAGCAGGGGGGCAGCGAUGGCAUGGCCGUCACCUCCGCUACUCUCACACCUCAGUCUGCUAAUGAGCGUUGGUGCACGGCGUUCCUCUCCUGGCUGUUCUGUCGGAAGGGGAAGACCCCCAGAGUGCGCUACAUGCAAGUCGCCCAGGAGCUGCAGGAGGACCCCGACUGGCCCCCCAAACCUGCUACCGUCACCUACACCACCAGCACCCGCCACCACACUGUCAGCAUGUGACACAUGGCCACACCCACAUAUAGCUGCAAAAAAAUAUAUUUAACCAGGCAUGUCAGUUAAUAACAAAUUCUUAUUUACAAUGACGGCCUACCCCGGCCAAACCCUCCCCUAACCCGGAUGACGCUGGGCCAAUUGUGCGCCGCUCUAUGGUACUCAUGAUCAUGGCCAGUUGUGAUACAGUCUGGGAUCGAACCAGGGUCUCUAGUGAUGCCACUAGCACUGAGAUGCAGUGUCUUAGACCACUGUGCAACUGGGGAGGCAUACAGUACCUAGUCUAGAACCUUCCAUUCCCCGGACCAGGUUUAUAACCAGUAUCAAGUAUAGUACCUUCCUUUGCCUGGACAAGUAGGGCUGUGAUGAUACCAGUAUAGCAAUAUUUUUUCCAUGGCAAAAAUGAAAACAUGAAGCAGACCAAACUCUUAAGUAUUUUAAAAACCUGCUGUAAGUAAAAUAUUGUUUGCAAUAGGCAGGUUGGUUGUUGAGUAACAAAACGGACGCGUGCGUAACUAUGAGGAAAAACAGAUGGGUUGGCUUAGAUUGUUGACAACAUGUCAACUAUAUUUAUUCUCCAAUGUUUAUUGAAAACCAAAAUCCAUUUGCACAAUGAGCACUUGUCUCUCAAAUACAUUGUAAAAGUUGUUAGCUAGCUAGCGAAUUUGAGCCAUAUUAGCAUUGACAUGAAAUCAGUCAAAACACCUCAAAACAAGACAUGGUAUCAAGAAGAUGAAACUAGCUGAAAUGAGUCACUUGCGAUUCCCCACAUGGCAGUUUCUUGUAAUUUUUGGUAUCUAUCUAGCCAUCCAGAAUCACAACAACGCAGACUUCUGCCCCAUUUGAUGUGUGUGCAUCGUUUUCGUGACAUUGUCAGCUAACCCAUCUAUAGCUAGGAAAAUAAAUAAAUGUGACUCCAACAUAAGGGCUGUUUUCCUAAAGAAGUUAAAUCUGCUUUGUUUUUCCUAUCCAAGAUAAUAACAAGUAUCGCAAUACUGAUAUCGUCCCGUCCCUAGUUUAUAACCAAUAUCGAGUCUAGAAACUUCCAUUGCCUGGACAACUGACCUGGUUUAUAACCAAUAUCGAGUCUAGAACCUUCCAUUGCCUGGACAACUGACCUGGUUUAUAACCAAUAUCGAGUCUAGAGCCUUCCAUUGCCUGGACAACUGACCUGGUUUAUAACCAAUAUCGAGUCUAGAACCUUCCAUUGCCUGGACAACUGACUGGUUUAUAACCAAUAUCGAGUCUAGAACCUUCUGUUGCCUGGACAACUGACCUGGUUUAUAACCAACAACGCGCCAACAACGCGUCUAGAACCUUCCAUUGCCUGGACAACUGACUGGUUUAUAACCAAUAUCGAGUCUAGAACCUUCCAUUUGCCUGGACAACUGACCUGGUUUAUAACCAAUAUCGAGUCUAGAACCUUCCAUUGCCUGUACAACUGGCCUGGUUUAUAACCAAUAUUGAGUCUAGAACCUUCCAUUGCCUGGACAACUGACUGGUUUAUAACCAAUAUCGAGUCUAGAACCUUCCAUUUGCCUGGACAACUGACCUGGUUUAUAACCAAUAUCGAGUCUAGAACCUUCCAUUGCCUGGACAACUAGCCCCAUAUCCAGGACUAAACAAAAAGAAUCAUGUGAAAUCACAUCAUGAGCUUGCAAUCAGACUGUGAUCCUGUCAACUUCUUGACCCUAACUAGACCUUAACUGCUCUGUCCUUACCCAUAACCCCCAAACCACACAUAGAACCCCAGCAAUGUGACUACUGACAGGUUGCCCCAUACUGGGCACAUAUUACCCUCUUUUUGCUAUUAGUUUAGCCUUGGUGUCGAGGCCCAGAGAUUAUGUCUUUCCAAUACAGGGCUUGCCUUGCACUCACCACUGGUUGAUUUUUCAGCUUCACAAAGACUAAGAACUAUGGAAUCGUCCACUAACACUUUCUCACCUGCCUUGAUUGCUGCUCCAACGAAAUGUCAAGAGUUAAAGAGAACGUGUGAACAGGACCGUACUGAGGGAAAUGGAGGGAUUUUUAAAUAUUUUUUAUCAACACACCCAGAUUAUGCAUUUUGAAAGCACUGUGUGUGUGUUUUAAGCGUGAGUGGUACUACUGUAUUUGCCAAGAUUGAAUAACAUUCCAAUGCACCAAUAAUAUAUUGCUGUGUUUCUCUGAGAAUUUGCUACGCUUUAUGAAUGUAAUUCUUCCUGUGGAAGUAUGUGAGUGUCCGUGACUCUUGUGAAACCUGAACACUUGAGUUGAUCUGAUGCCUGUGUGUGUGUGCAGGGUUUUUUCUGCAUAGAAAAGUCUUGGGCAAGACUUAAUAAAAAAUUAUUGGGAUGGGAAAACAUUUUCAGUGUAAACUUAAAUGACUUAAACCAUAUAUAUAUAUAUAUAUAUAUAUAUAUAUAAAUAUGAUGAUCUUUGAGAACUAACAAUCACCCCAAAUAAAAUCUAGCCCGUUAGGGAGAAUCAAAAAUUAGAAAAAUUAUGCAUUCAGUAUUUUUGUCAUGGCAUGGGGCCCCCUUUGAUUUUGUUAUGUUUGAGUCACUCCGAUAGCAUAACAACACAUAAGACAUGGCAAAAUGUGUAGAUUUGCUGAAAAUGUAUAUUGAAAAUUAUUCUUCUCUCACAUCAUGACAUAUGUGUAGAAUUGCAGGACAUUUUUUUCUGCGGCCAAGAGGGCCUCUAAAAUGUUCAGUCGGCAACCGCACUAUUCACCACGCCCCCGUCACAGCCACGAUCCUAACCCUAAUUUUGCUCCAGAAAAAAACCUGGUGGGUGUGUGUGCACGUACAUUCCUGUACGUAUUUAUUUGGACGCUGAAGCUAAAACGUUUUAAUUCAGCUCUAUACUUUAGCAUUUUGGAUCUAAGAUCAAAUGUUUCAUAUGAGGCGACAGUACAGCAUGGCACCUUUUUAUUGUCAGGUAUUUUCAUAUAUAUCUUUAACCAUUUAGAAAUGAAAGCACUUCAUGUAUCUAGUCCUCCCAUUUUAAAGGCGUCAAAUACUUGAAACGUUCAAAUAGGUGGACUAAAUACAUGAAGGGCUUUCAUCUCUAAACGAUAAAACGGAUACGUAUGAGAAUACCCUCAAAUAAAAAGGUGACAUUCUGUACCAUCUCCUCAUAUGAAACAAUUGAUCUCUGUAGAAUAGCGGACCUAGAGUAUCCAAGUGAGGUGACGGGUGGGAAUGAGGUGAUGUAACAUUUUGUAACAUUUAUAAACCAUUGCACCUGACCUAAUUGCUGCUUUUAUUAAAGGGAAUUAUUUUGAAAAGAAAUCACAUUUUUAUUGUAUUUUAUAUUCUCUGAGAUUAACAGCUAAUUUUAAUCUGUUUUUUCAAUUUGUACAUGGUUUACAACUGAUGUAUUGUCUAGUAUACACUACCAUUUAAAGGUUUGGGGUCACUUAGAAAUGUCCUUGUUUUUGAAAGAAAAGCACACAAAAAAAUCCAUUAAAAUAACAUCAAAUUGAUCA